AUGAACUCCACUCUCAAUAAUGAGGAGGACGAUGAGAUGAUACAUUAUCCUGGACCUUCUGGCUCCCUUGCCUCUUCGGAGGAGUUUACUGGUACAGAUAAUGAUCUAUAUUAUGGAUAUUAUCCUUCAGGAGCCUACUCUUCUGCUGAUGUGACGAGCUUCCCGAAUACGGAUGCCUUUCAGGACUCUGGAUGGAUCAACACCGAGCCUAUUAGUCAAAUUCCAGAACCUCCACAGCAAUACGAAAAUGAUCUGGCGUACAUCAACCCGGGAUAUCCCCUGGGGGAUGAUAAUAUCCCUCAAAGCCUAGAAGGUGAUUUAGGAAGUUCAAUUAUCACUCAACGACCAGCUCAUCCCUCGGGAAAUCUUGAUCGGACCACGAUUGGAAUACCAAAUCCCACGCCGUUCUCUCUGCAACCUUUAUCUGAACCACCUGCCGGCGUCAUGGAACAGGUUAACAGCACCUGGAGAGCUCUCAGAUCCAACCAGCGAUGUAGUUCUGAUCAAGUCUCUCAAAGCAUGCAGAACCUCGAAACGAUCAAAACCUUCUUUCAGUCAAAGCUCCCGGCACCUCCUGCUGCAUCAACUGAGUACUCGUCGGAACAAGAAAAAGAAAUGUAUCGAUGUUGGGUAUGCGAUCCUCAGACAGCUAGAGCAACCUUUCCAACUUUUGGUACCCUGAAGAGACAUUUGGCUCAGCAUAGUAUACGCGACUGCGAGUGGUCCUGUACCGAGUGCUCCAAAGUCCUCCAGCGGCGGGAUAGAAUGCGUGAUCAUCUUAUGCACAUACACAAAAAAUCCGAUCUGCUCCCGGCUGAAGUGGAGGCAACUCGAAUGAGACAUCCAUACCCAACUCACUGCCCCCUUUGCCCGGUUGAGACAUCUUCUUGGCUUGUCUAUUUUGAUCACGUCAAGCGUCACUGUCUUAUUUCCCCUGGUUCAAAGAAGUCCUCUACCAACGGCGGUCGGUCUCGUCGCGGCAACAAUGGUGGCAGGAAUGGCGGGAACGGUAAUGGCAAUGACCAUGGCCAUGGCUCUUCUUCAGCCGGGCCAAGCAAUUCAAACGGAGGCUCGCAGCCUAAACAAUCAAAUAUUAGGACUGUAAUAAUCCAUCCGCACUCUGUUUCUGAUAAUCGGCUCAACAGCAGCCGUCGUCAAAGCGUCAUUGAUGCCAUUGAACAAAUUCCUAAGGGAUCAUCUCGCGAGUCCAGGGCUCACCUCCCCGGAGAAGCCAGUGCGACGCCCAAUAACCCCCAACCCUCACAAACUCCCGGGUUGCCACGAACCGAUCAUUCGACCAAGCGCAAGCACCCGGACGAAAAGGAAGAGAAUCUCCUUGAUUCAAAGAAAUGCAGAUGGUGCGAUCAUCACAUGGCAAAAUGUCGACAGUGCCAACCUGACCUUUGCCACAAGUGUGGUGACGUGCCCCGGAGUGCUAUUCAAAUUGGGGCUUCCUCGACAACGCCUGUACAAGACCUCCCAGAUACAUCUUCUACCAUCAUCCACUUGGACGAACCUUACUUUAACCCUGGAGCAUUGGCAAACUUUGGGCUACCUCAGACUAUGCCCACCCAACUGUUUGACGAUGAUAUACAGUUCUUGGACCCACGAUCAUUGGACAUGACCAACACGUUCAUGAACGAUCUUUCCCGGAACAAUCCGUUUAUCAGGGUUGUAAUGGAUUCAGAAAGUCAUCCAUCUCUGAGUGAUCUCAGCAACAAGGUCCAAAAGUCGCCUAUUUUUGAAAGCGAUACCACGUUACUUCGCAGCAUUGGACUUGGCACAUUGAUUGACCCGUUCUUCGUCAGAAGACAGACCAAGCAACCAAAAGCGAAAGCAUCAGGAGGUCCGAAUCUAGGCUUAUACAAAUAUCUUGUUCUCAAAAACACUCCUUCGCCCAUUCUAAACCCUCUUCAGCUGGUGUCUCGUUGCAAAUGCGCAUGUGUGACCCCAACUGUCGACUAUGAAGCCCACGAAAGCCUCCAAUUAUCGUCGAACAAGCGCAUCGAGAUGACACUAACAAUGUCUUGGGCGCACAAAUCGGGUCAUCGCCUCCACACUCGAGUGCGACUCUUCGUGAGGCUCUUUACUAUCCACGCAUCUGCAGCAGCAAAGUCAGACACCCAGAAGCAGAGGACUCACUCUAUCGCACCCGAAACUACCGACGAGGAUGCUGAGUCUGAUACCGAUUCAGAGCAAGAGCUCACUCCCCCGUCGCCGUCCGGAUCCGAGCUCACUCUACGCCUCUACCAGACCGAGGACGUGCAAAACUGGUCAUUCAGCUUUGACGUCAAGUGGGCCUUGACGAAACUCGCCCAGUGGACCAGCGGCAUAGAUGCCGAUACGUACCAGAAGCUCCUACUAUCUGAUCCUCGCUGUAUACUGGACUUGAUAUCGAAGGAUAUUAUGUAUAAGAUUUUUUGCUUGUUGAUGGGUCACAAUGGGCUCCUUCUGUUCUAUACCUCAUUCAUACGCACGUCCUUAUGA